ACCUCGCCCCCAUCAAUCACUUCCGGGUCAGCCGGUGGCCGGUUUCCUUCCGGGGGACGCUAGAGCGGGGCUAGGCCGGAGCCAGCCCCACUCACUGGUUAGGACGACGUGAGCAGUGCCUGUCCCGCUGGCGGUAACCGGGCGGGGGGCGCGCCCUCAUUGAAAAUGUUUGUGUACUUAUGGGGAUACCUGUAUAGUAACUUCUUCCGGUUUUGGCUGAAAUGGAUCUUGAGGCAGCUCACUGGAAAAUGUGAAUUACAGCGUAUCUUUGGUAGCUCAAAGGAAGGUUCACAACGAACGCUAAAGAUAGAGUACUCAUUGGGAUUAUCAAAGAGUAAGGUGUUAAGAAAUGCUGUACAUAUUGGUGAAGCUGAAGUGGAAAAAUGUGUCCUGGGUAUAAUGAAAGAAAAGAAGAUUAAUAUACAGAAGGAUACAAGUUUUAAGACAAGCCUGCAGGUAUGUUUGCUGCAGAUAUCUGGUUAUAAGAAACUUUAUUUGGAGGUGGAAAAUCUGAGGAAAGUUCCAUAUGAUUCAGAUAACGAAGAACAUGAAAAGCAGCUAAUCCAGCUUUGGAAUUUGCUGAUGCCUCAUGAAAAUCUGAAGGCUAGAAUCACCAAGCAGUGGUGUGACAUUGGUUUCCAAGGUGAUGAUCCCAAAACAGACUUCAGAGGAAUGGGCAUGCUGGGAUUAGUCAAUCUGGUGUAUUUUAGUAAACAUUACACCAGUGAAUCUCGCCAGAUCCUCUCUCGUUCAAAUCAUACAAAAUUGGGAUAUUCCUAUGCAAUAGUUGGGAUCAAUUUGACAGAAAUGGCUUAUAGUUUACUAAAGAGUGGUGCUUUAAAGUCUCAUCUCUACAACUUGGUCCCUGGAUUGCCACAAAUGGAACACUUCCAUCAGUUUUAUUGUUAUCUGGUUUAUGAGUUUGACAAAUUUUGGUUUGAAGAAGAACCAGAAAGUAUUAUGCACUUCAACCACUAUAGGGAGAAAUUCCAUGAAAAAGUUAAAGGACUCCUUCUGGACUAUAACCUAGUACUAACAUUACAGAAUAUAAAGAAACCAUAGCCUCAUCUGCAAUCUACCCAGUUCUGCUCAUAAAAUGGAAUUAUGCGUUCUCAUGGAAUUCUCACACUUACUUCACCAAAAAAUUUGUUUAAUGAUGUAACUUUUUAUACAUAUAUUUUUGAAAAAGCUCAAAUUGUUAUGAAAGCUUGGACAAUCAGCCACUGUUUACAGGUCUUAUAUGCUAUUCUCCAAAGGAAAACUUAAAAAAAAAAAAUCCCAUAUUGAAUCUUUUGCCCUCACAACUUUCUUACACCUCUUGGUGCAGGAACAUGAAGCAGGUAUUUAUGCUGCAUUAUGUUAUCUUCAUUAUGUAACCUAUUACUAGGUUCCUUUUCUACCAUUAACUGUUAAUUAGUUGUCUUUAAGAGGGGAAAUUGCUUUAGUUUUAGAUUUGUUUCUCAAGCCCUGUCCCCUUGUUUAUCUGCACAUAGCUUGUGGUCCAUAAAAGUUUUAAACUUCUCUGUGUAAAGAGGUCCAUGAAGAUGAUGUAACAAUUAUUUGUGACUUGGAAGAAGAGGCUUUAUUUAGUUGUAUUUACACACAAGAACAAAUAUUGUUCUGGUUGAAACGAUCCUCCCUCCAGGAAAUAAGUACUCACAACCCUGUGCCUGGAAGGAACUUCCCUCAAAAA